AUGACAAUAGGCGAUAUGCAGAGAUUCGGAAGAAUAAAUGCUAACUAUUCUGUAAUGAUUGUUUUAUAUGGUUUGUAUUUGAAAUUACUAAAUAUAUGCUUGAAAUUAUCUACACAGGUUAUCACCAUGGAAACAAUGACUGAAGCAGAGAAUAUGCUGACAGGUUAUGAGAUGGUGACCCCCACUAUAUACAGAUGGCCACCGAAGAGUAUGACAGUCAACCCCAAAUCAGCCAAUGAGGAAGGUGCCCUGGGUGAUAAUGACACGAACGAAGAAAUAGAGGAAGAUGAUGUCUGGAAGCGUUUUGCAUGUAUAGUUGAUGACCCGAAGGAAUACUUACAUAGCCCGUUGAAAUACAAGGACCUCGAUCCAACCCGAUCGUUACUACACUCAGGAAAUAGCCAGUAUCAUUUCUGGGUGCACGACUUUUGUAAACUUUCGGUCUUCCCAAUCGGCAUCGGCACUUACUCCAGAGUGUAUAUAUUUGUGCAAAGAAAGCCUCUGCGGAAAGUAGCGUUACGGAUGGUGGACAGAGAUGAUGCUCCCCAUCACUACGUGGAAGAUGGCUUCUACGAAGAGAUACGGAUUAUGAAGAAACUACGUGGGCAUCCGCAUAUCAUUAAGUACAUCACCUGGUUCGAGGCCAGAGUAGACCAGUGCUUGGUGACAGAGCUCGCUGGUCGAGGCUCCCUCGAAAGAUAUAUUUCAAACACCGAAGAUGGCAUCUCCGAAACCCAGAGUUCGGUUUUCUUUAUGCAGAUUAUAGAUGCUCUUUCUCACUGCCAUGACAAUAACAUCGCACAUGGUGAUGUAACAACUUACAAUAUCCUUUUGAACGAACAUUACCAGAUAAAAUUAUCCGACUUCAAAUUCUCAACAGAAGUCAAAUAUCAGGGAUGUAUCUGCGCUAAAUAUCACGGUACCUAUGGAUUUGUGCCACCGGAGGUAAUCGACAGAAAACCAUACGACCCGAUUAUUGCCGAUAUCUGGUCAUUGGGAUGCGUUCUUUUCAAAAUGAUCAGCAAACGUUUUCCUUUUAGUUGUCAAACCGACUAUAACAUCGAUGCACUCCGGCAACUGAUGACUAAAGCUCCACAAUGGCCAAACUCUCAGCGGAAUUACUCCAAACAGCUUCGGCGAUUGAUUAAGAGUAUGUUAACCAUUAACCCAAAACACAGGAUUGACUUAGAUGGCAUUUCCAAUUGUUCCUGGUUGAAUAUCGCCACCAGUGUAAGACGAAUGGAACUACAACCAAGCAAAGUGCCAUGUUAA